GACUCGACUCUUGAUCCAAGGAGAAAAGCAUAUCUCGUGCAGAAUCUUAUGACCAGUCGCUGGAUUGCUGCACAGCAGAAACUACCUCAGGCAAAUGUAGAAGAUAAUUCCAAUGGUGAAGAUGUAGUGGGACGAACACCAUCUUUUCGCUGUGCUGAGAAAAAAGUGUUUGGGUGUGAACAUUACAAAAGAAACUGCAAGCUUCUUGCUGCUUGCUGUGGAAAGUUGUUUACUUGUCGAUUCUGUCAUGACAAUGUCAGCGAUCACUCAAUGGACAGAAAAGCAACAUCAGAGAUGAUGUGCAUGAACUGUCUAACAAUUCAACCGGUUGGGCCAAUAUGCACAACACCUUCUUGCAAUGGAUUAUCAAUGGCAAAAUACUAUUGCAAUAUUUGCAAAUUUUUUGAUGAUGAAAGGUACAAAUUCUGAUACUUUAUCAUUUUG